UUUCCUUUGUUUGCUUUUUCAACUUUCACGCAAUUCCAGUGUAUUGCCUUCCGUUUCCGAUUACCGAAGAUGACCAUUUUCCAUUUGGUCAAUUGUCAAAUAUAUGGCCAUGUUUAACUGAUGUUCCCCCGCAACCCAUCCCCUCGUCCACUCGACUCACAAGAACCAGUACACAAGGACAACAAAAGGGGUCAAUCGCACAAACUGACGACGGACGUCCCUCCCUACAUUAAUCACUGCACUUCUUCAACAGCUGCCAGCUUAUCUUCAUAUAACGAAUAUGUUUUUGCCACUGAUAAUUUCGACAGCAGCUGCAGUCGCUCCACUCGCCCGAGCAUACCUUGUUAACAGCUCAGACUACUCUUCUGGUGCGCUCGGUGCAGCUCCUGCGCAAACUUUCAAGACUGUCAACUGGACAGCAGCUGAAUGGAAUUUUAACGUCUUCCCCUCCACUGAUCUCCCUUCCGGCUAUCUUCUCCUUGCUCCUCGAGGCAGUGAUGUCGAAACACCAACCGGUAUCAUUUACACCAACGACGGCGAAGUCGUCAUGUAUGGCAAGGAAUUUGGCAUUGGCCAAACCAUGUCGUUCUCCGUUGGGACAUACCAAGGCAACCAAGUGAUUACUACUUGGGGUGGUCAGUUUUAUGGUAACGGCUAUGGAAACGGUUUUGGCUUGAUCUAUGAUCAGAAUUACAAUCUCGUUGCCAACAUUUCCUCUACCAUUUCGGGCUCUGGUAUCGAUUUCCAUGAGUUUGUCCUUACCGAUAAGGACACCGUCCUUGCUACCGUCUAUAUUAAAGAGCAGUACAACCUCUCAUCGUGGAAUGUUACUACCGAAGAUGGAACUUCAGGCUGGAUUCUCGGGGGCGCUUUUGAGGAGAUCGACGUUGCUACCGGGGAGGCUCUGUUUUCUUGGAAAUCUCUGGACCAUAUCGACCCCAGCGAAUGUUAUAAUGAUCCUGGAUCAACUGGUGUCGCGGAAUCUUCUGCAUGGGACUACUUUCACAUCAACUCUAUAGAAAAAGAUCUUGAAGGCAAUUACCUUGUAUCUUCUCGACACUGUCACGCCGUCUACCAGAUUUCUGCCUCUACCGGCGAGGUCCUUUGGACCAUCAACGGCCGUAAUUCUAGUUUCAGCAUGGGCCGAGGUACCACUUUCGAGUGGCAGCACGAUGCCCGCUGGAUCAACAACUAUACUCAAAUCAGUAUUUUUGACAAUGCCGCCAGUUCGUGGGAAUCUGACGAGUCGAUGGCGAGGGGUCUCUUAUUGAACGUGGACACCGAUGCCAUGUCCAUCACUUUGGCACAGGAGUACUUGCCAUGGAACGAAACUGUGUCACCGAGUCAGGGGAGUAUGCAAGAGCAGACAAAUGGGAACUAUCUCUUGGGCUGGGGUCAAAUCCCCUUCUUCUCCGAAUACUCAUCAGAUGGUACCCUUCUUUCUUCCGCUCAGUUCGGUGUAGGCAGCGUCCAGGGUUACCGUGUCCUUCGAUCCAACUGGACUGGUUAUCCCCAGACAACUCCUGCCCUCACUGUCAUCUCCAACUCUACCACCGACCAGUACGAUAUCUACACCUCUUGGAACGGUGCUACCGAAAUUUCCUCUUGGGUGUUGUACGGCGCUACUUCUCUUUCAGGAUCUGCGUCCAGUUCCAAGUUGAACCAGGUAGAUAAGACUAAAUUCGAGACCUACUUCUCGCUUUCCAAGGACACUGCGGCUUCGUACCCAUGGGUGCAAGCAAGAGCCGUCAGCUCUAAUGGGACUGUUCUCGGUUACUCUUACUAUGUGUCGCUUAAUGGGAGCGAUUCUGUCGCUCCCUCCUCUACCCAGGCUUCUGCCACCGAAGCUACUAGUGCAGCGGCAACGAGCUCUACUGGGACAGCAACCACGUCCUCUGCAACGAACAACCCUACUAGCGGAGCAGAGAACUUGAGGGCUGGAUUUGCACUUGUGGUAGCGGUCGUUGGUGCUGCUUUGCUUCUGUAAGAUAGUGAAAGAUAGUACGAUCCUAUAGUAAAGGGAUUAUAGCAAGGACAUUCUCUAAAAGGGACAAUUUGUCAUCUUUUGAGCUUGAUUAACAUCUGUAUAAUUAGCAUAGUUCAUAUGACGGAUAGCAUUUCACAUGGAAUAUUCAAGUACAGCUUCAUUAUUGGUAUGCAGAUAUGUGGCAUCGG